AUGGCGGCAAACCCUUUAAACACUGCACUUCUUUGCCUUCUUUGUGAAGACUUUCAAGGUAUUUUACCUGACAGCAGAACUCAAUUGUACUCGGAAAUAGUACAAUGUGUUCUUAUCAGAUACAGGAAAAAGAGAGGUCUUCCAGUGCAAAAUGAGGAUCUGAUUGAAAUCUACAAAGAUCAGUUGAAACUCCUUGGCUUGAUAGCUUUAAACGGCCUGUAUGAAGACAACAUGUACUUUGAGGAAAAAAAGCUUUCAAGUGAAAAUGCUGACUUACCUGAAUUUGGCUUUCUGUCAGCUCAACCUGGAAGCAGCAAACGAAGGCCGUGUCUGUGCUACGGCUUUACGCAUAAGAGUUUUCAAGAAUUCUUCGCAGGGUAUUAUCUUUGUUGACAGCUUGUUAGCGAAGAAAUCAGUCCCUUUAUAUUAGUCAAUGACACAAGACAUUUCCAUGAGCUGAGAGAGGUAUUAAAAUUUACCUGUGGUCUGCUAGCAGUGAGAUCUGAAGAAAGUACAGUAUCCCUUAUCCUCUGCAUAGCGAAUGAGGUAAACGAAGAAGAUGAGGGAGAAUGUUUACCUGUCGCAUUGGAGUGCAUAAAAGAAUGCAAAGUUGAAAACAGUUAUUUUCAUAUAGAACUGGCACGUACGUCUGGCCUAUUUCUGGAAGUUCAAGAGGCUGAUCUUCAAGAGGAAGGUAUAGGUGAUGCUACUGCUCCUGUCCUUGCUGCUGUACUUGAAACAAACACAACGCUGACAAAGUUGGUUUUGGAUGGUAAUAGGAUUGGUCCUGUCGGUCCUGAGUCACUUGCUACAGUGCUUAAAACAAACACAACUCUGACAAAUUUGGAGUUGUCUGGCAGUAACCUUGGUCCUGCUGGUGCUGAGUCACUUGCUACAGCGCUAAGAAUAAACACAACUCUGACAAAUUUGGAGUUGUCUCGCAAUAACCUUGGUCCUGCCGGUGCUGAGUCACUUGCUACAGCGCUUAAAACAAAUACAGCUCUGACAAAUUUGCAUUUGUCUGACAAUAACCUUGGUCCUGCUGGUGCUGGGUCACUUGCUACAGCGCUUAAAACAAACACAGCUCUGACAAAUUUGCAUUUGUCUGUCAAUAACCUUGGUCCUGCCGGUGCUGAGUCACUUGCUACAGCGCUUAAAACAAACACAGCUCUGACAAAUUUGAAUUUGUUCUGCAAUAACCUUGGUCCUGCUGGUGCUGAGUCACUUGCUACAGCGCUUAAAACAAACACAGCUCUGACAAAUUUGGAUUUGUCUGACAAUAACCUUGGUCCUGCCGGUGCGGAGUCACUUGCUACAGCGCUUAAAACAAACACAGCUCUGACAAAUUUGGAUUUGUCUGACAAUAACCUUGGUCCUGCCGGUGCGGAGUCACUUGCUACAGCGCUAAAAACAAACACAACUCUGAGAAAUUUGCAUUUGUCUGUCAAUAACCUUGGUCCUGCCGGUGCUGAGUCACUUGCUACAGCGCUUAAAACAAACAAAGCUCUGACAAAUUUGCAUUUGUCUGUCAAUAAUCUUGGUCCUGCCGAUGCUGAGUCAAUUGCUACAGCGCUUAA